UUUGUUUAUGAUUGUGUUGUGAAAUUUACUGCGAGGUGUUUUGAUGAACGAUUAGGGAUUUUGAAUACUUUUUGGUCGUUUUUGAAGAGGGAUAAUAAUACCUUAAUAAACGGUGGUCCUAAGGAGAAAUUCAAAUGCACUAUUAAAAGUAUAUAAGAAAAGCAAUCUAAAAUUAAAAAAAUGUUUCUGGAACGAAAGUAGCGUAAUGCCCAAAAAUAAAAUGAUAGCGAAAAUAUGCCCAGCGUGCAAAGCUCAGGUCCCAGUUGCUUGCAAGUCUUGUCCAUGCGGUCAUUUUUUCUACAAUGCGAGAAGGAUUGCUCGAGAGUUUGCAAUUGAAGCAGACUAUUUACGAAGAACUGCAAGGGUUCGUCGCGAAAAACCGAAUUAUUACGACGCCCUAGAAUACGACAAGCAUAUCAAAAAACUUAAAAAGCGGCUGAGUGAAUCUCGGAAUGAUGAUGAUGAUGAGGAUGAUGAAGUUGAUAAAAAAGAAGGCAGAAUGAAAAGAAAGAAGGUCAAAAAAGAAGAAGAGGAGGAAGAUGAUAUUGUGACUAGAUUUACACCCGAGAUGCAAAUGCACUGCAACAUGAUUUUAGAUCAUAUUAACAGCAAAAUGCAAGUUGUAAUGUGGAAACCCAAAGACUAGGUUUCUGUUUUAUAUUAUUUAUGAUUUCAAAAUAAAUUGUUUUGUAAUACACUUGGCUCUGACUAUGUAGGAGUGAAGCUUUUAAAUUACCUGAGAAAUAAACCUCAUCUGUUAACGCGAAAAUUGUUUUUUUAAUAAAUGCAAAAUCCAGGAAGUUAAAUGAUGAUGGUUAUGAGCAAGAUGAAGUUGAUAAAAAAAUGCAGAAAAAAGAGGAGGAGCAAGAUGACAUUGAUGAAAUUCACUGAAUAUGAUGUUCAAUCUCAUCAAUAGCAAGCAGCAAAUUGUAAUGUGGAAAUCCAAAAAUUAGGUUUCCAUUUAAUAUGAUAUAUUUUACUUUAAAAUAAAUUGUUUUGUGGUA